AUGCGGCGCGCCAGCCGAGACUACACCAAGUACUUGCGCGGCUCCGAGGAGCUGGGCAGCGGCGCCGCCCACGAGAGCGCCCCGCCGCCGCCGCCACCGCCACCGCUGCCGGCCCACCCGCACCCGCCGCCCGCCUCCCGCUCCCUCCUCGCCGCCCUCGUCCUCCUAGGGCUGGGGCAGGUGGUCUGCAGCGUCGCCCUCUUCCUCUACUUCCGAGCUCAGAUGGACCCUACUAGAAUUUCAAAAGAGCAUGCACACUGUGUCAGAACACUUUUUGGACAUCAAGAAAAUACAGAUUUGCAUGAUACAUCCUUUGAAAAUCAAGAAGCGAAGUUAAUGCCAGAAUCAUGUAGAAGCAUGAAACAGGCUCUCCAAAGAGCUGUGCAGAAGGAAGUCCAGCGUGUCAUGGGAAGAGCACCACCAAGACCAGAAAAAGCUGCAAUGGAGGCAUUAGGAAUGGAUCUGUACAAGAGAAACAAACCUGAGAAGCAGCCUUUUGCCCAUCUCAUUAUUGAUGAUAAGAAUAUUCCAUCUGGAACCCGCAAAGUGAACCUCACAUCCUGGCAUCAUGACAAAGGCCAGGCAAACUUAUCAAACAUGACAUUCAGUGAUGGAAAGCUAAUUGUUAAUCAAGAUGGAUUUUACUACCUUUAUGCCAACAUUUGUUUUAGACAUCAUGAAACUUCAGGAAACCUGACUAAAAGAGGGCUUCAGCUGAUGGUGUAUAUGACUAAGACAAACCUUAAAAUAAGGCGCUCUGAUGUGUUGAUGAAGGGAGGAAGCACCAAAUACUGGUCAGGGAAUUCAGAAUUUCAUUUUUAUUCUGUCAAUGUAGGAGGGUUUUUUAAACUAAAAUCUGGUGAAAUGAUAAGUAUCCAGGUAUCAAACCCUUUGCUACUGGAUUCAUCACAAGAAGCAACUUAUUUUGGGGCAUUUAAAGUAAGGGAUUUAGACUGA